UCAAAUUAUCCUUAACGUUCUUUAAUCAACCUUCACGCUCAAUUCUUUACCGAAACAUGGUCGGCGUUUUAGUCCUCACCCGUCAUGGGCAAAGCGAAUGGAACAAACUGAACUUGUUCACCGGUUGGAAAGACCCAAAAUUGACCGAGCUAGGAGAAGCAGAAGCCAAAAAAGGAGGAGAAGAAUUGAAAAAGUAUGGAUACACCGACUUUGAUAUGGCAUUCACUUCCGAUUUAACCCGUGCGCAAAGCACUUUGGCGAUCAUUUUGAAGGAGAUCGGACAAGAAGGCAUCUCCACAAAGAAAGAUCAAGCCUUAAAUGAGCGUGAUUAUGGUGAAUUGACCGGUCUUAACAAGGAUGAUGCUCGUAAAAAGUGGGGUGAAGAUCAAGUACACAUCUGGCGUCGUUCCUACGAUGUUCCUCCACCAGGAGGCGAAUCGUUGGAAUUGACAGCCAAACGUGUUUUGCCAUAUUAUGAAAAGGAGAUCAAACCCGCCGUUUUGGCCGGCAAAAAAGUUCUCGUUGCCGCACAUGGAAACAGUUUGCGCGCCAUGAUCAUGAGCUUGGAAGGAAUGACCGGCGAACAAAUCGUCAAUACAGAAUUAGCAACGGGUGUUCCAAUCGUUUACAAGAUUGAUGAGAGCGGCAAAGUGCUCGAAAAGAAGACGUUGGAAUAA